AUGAAAAUACAUUUAUCUUCUGAUGAAAUAAAUUUACUUGUUUAUCGUUAUUUAGUAGAAAAUGGAUUUAUACAUACAUCUUUUGGUUUUUUUAAUGAAGCAAACAUUUCAAAAAAUCCUUAUUAUAUAAGUCAUGGAGAAAAAUUACCAACAAAUGCAUUAGUAUCAUUUUUACAAAAAGCUAUGAUAUAUAUAUAUAUAGAAUAUCAUACUGAUAAUAAUGAUGGGAAAAAAAUUGUAUGUGAAGAACCAUUUUCUUUUUUUAGGAGACAUGAAUGUUGGAAUAAUGAAAAUAACUUAUCAGAAGAUAAAAUAGAAAUUAAUAAAAAUGAAAAAAAUUUGACUAACAAUAUAAACAGUGCUACUAGUAGCAAUGUUUUUGAUAAUAAAAGUAAUUUAAACAAUAAAACUAAUAAUUAUAGAAAUAGUUUUACUAACUUUGCAAGUUUGAAUUAUAAUGAUAGCAAUAUUUCUUUUAAAGAUAUUAAAAGAAAUUAUGCCAACAUUUUUGCACAAGGAAAAAAUUCUAAGAAAAGUUCAAAUAAAAAAAAAAGUAAUACAGAAUAUAUAAAUUUAAAUGAAAAAGAUGAAUCUUAUAGUACUAUUAAAAAAAGAAAAAAGUCCAAGAUUUUUAAAACUCAAAAUAAAACAAAUAAAUUAAUCAACGAGAAAAGUAACAAUAUUUUAAAUAGUGAAAAAAAAAUAGAACAAAAUCAUGUAAUUGAAACUAAAAGUGAAAUUAAUGAAACUGAUAAUAUUAAUAUAUCAAAUAAAGAAUAUAUCAAUAAAAAUAAUCAAAAUGAUUUGAAUACUUCAAAUAAAGAAAGUGAUAAUAGCAACAAAAAGGAUUCCAUUAUUAGUAGUAAUCUUCAAAAUGAUACCAUUAAAAAAAAGAAAAAAAAAAAAAAGAAAAAAAAAGAAUUUUAUAAUUUGAAUGACAAUAAAAAAAUAAUUAAGAUUCCUAUAAAAAAGGAGAAAAAAAACAAUUCUAAAAACAUUUUAAAACAAAAGAAGCAACUUAAAAAUAUAUCUGAUGAACAUAUGGAGAAAUGUUCUUUAAUGAAUAAAGAUGAUUCUAAUUUAUUUAUUUAUAACAAUUCAGAUAAUAAUAAAAGUCAAAAUAAUGAACAAAACAACAAUGAAAAUGUCAAUAAAAACAAUGUAAUAAUAACAAAUGAAAAUCCUAAUAAAAUAGAUGCUAAUUUAAAACGAAAUAGUUCUAUUUCGUGUUAUUCUGUAGAAAAUAAUCAUGAUGUGAAAGAAGUAAAAGAAAAAAACACUUUUUAUUCAGAUUCCAUGUAUAACAGCUUAGAUAAAAAGCAAAAGUAUAAAUUUAGCAAUUCGGUAAAAUCUUAUAACUAUAAAAAUAAACUCGAUAAUCAUUUGCAUACGAAGAGGAUAAGUGAUCUUAAUAAUAGAAAAAUUAAUUACAUAAAUAGAAAUGAUUUUAAUUUCAGUUUUUCAAAUUAUAUUAAUAAUCGAAAAAAUUAUAUCUUUAAUAAAAAUAAGAUAUUCAAAGUAAAUAAAGAUUUAAAGAAGGGAAAAGUUAAAAGAGAAAGGAUUAAAGAUUCAAUAAAUCAAAAAAAUGAAUUGAAUAACAAUAAUAAUAAAGAAAAAUUAAAAAAAAAUAUUAAAAAAAGAGAAAUGAAUAAAAUCUUAGAGUCACAUCAUGAUAAAUCAUGUCAAUAUAAUAAUAAAAAUAAAGAUAAUAUUGAAAAAAAACAUAUCGAAGAAAAUAAAAUUAUACAAGUGAAUUCUGAUUUAAAGUUAAAAAAUAAAGAGAAAAGUAUAAUGAUAAGUAAAUUCAAUUAUAAUCAGUUAAUAAAUAAAAAAGAAUAUGAACAAUCAAGUCCAAAACAAGAAAUAAGAAGGGAGGUAAAAGAAAUCGAAGAACAAAAAGAGAAAGAUGAUAAUACGAAAAAAGAAAAAAAAGAAGAUAACGAUAAUAAAAAUACAAACAUGGAAAUUGAAGAUGAAAAGAAAGAAGAACAAGGGGAUUUAGAAGAAAAAAAAAAAGAUAAAUGUCUAUACGAAGAAGACUAUAAAAAUGAGAUUAACAAUCUUCUUUUAAAAAAAAUUAUCUUAAAAACAUUAAAAAACGGAAAAAAAAAAUUUAAAAUAAAUAAUAGAAUAAAAAAGAAAGAAAAAAUUAAAAAAAAAAAUGAAAAUAAUCAAGAUAAAGAUGAGGAGGAAGAGGAGGAAGAGGAGGAAGAGGAAGAAGAAGAAGAAGAGGAAGAAGAAGAAGAAGAGGAAGAAGAAGAAGAAGAUGAUGAUGAAGACGAAGAAGAUGAAGAGGAAGAGGAAGAUGAAGAGGAAGAAGAGGAGGAAGAAGAAAAUGAAGAGGAGGACAAUGAAAACGAAGAUCAAGAAGACAAUAAUGAUGUAGAUGAAUAUGAAGACAAUAAUAAUGAAGUAGAUAACGAUGAUAAAGAAGAUAGUAAUGACGAAAAGGAAUUGCAAUUUAUACAAAAAAGAAAUGAAGAGAAACAAGCAGAAGGAGAUGAAAACAACGAUAACGAAGAAAAACAUAAGGAAAAAAGAAAAAAGCAAAAACAGGGAAAAGAAGAGGAAGGUGAGGACGAAGAGAAUAAUAAUGAUAGAAAAGAUGAUGCUCAUAAAGAAUGGAAUAAUAAAAAAAAUAAAGAAGAUGACUUAUGUAACAAAGAUAAUUUAUAUAAUGAAAAAAAUGAAAGAGAAAAAUAUAAUCAUGAAAAUAGUAGUGAAAAUAAAGAAAUUGAAUGA